AUGUUUGGAUGCGAAGAUGAGAGCGAAGAGAAGGGCGCUCUGCGCGGCUGGCAGCCCAGCGGCUGGUACGAACUGCUGCGCUGCUGCCCCUGCACCCGAUGGCUCCUACCGAAGGGCUGGAUGCUCCGGCUGGCGGCUUCCCGGUGCCCGCUGGCGCGGGCGUCGCUGGUCAGCUUGCACGACGGCGCGGGUCGCUUGCUGGACGUGCGGAGGGUGGCGCAUGACGGCACCUUCCGGCACCGCGGUGUCCGCUUCUGCUGGGACGGCGCCGCCUUCCGCAAAGAACGGGGCUUGGACGGUGGCCAGCUGACCUGCGGUCAACUCGUCGCCAGCACCGGAGUGCGCUCGGAUCGGAGGUCAGCUCUGCUACAGCAACAUGGCCUGAACGAGUACACUUCCGUUGCGCGACACUCUAGGAUCCCGGGGACACGAUGGCUGGCGGUUGGAUCCUUCCUGUGGCUGCUGCGAAGUCAUUACUUAACAGCCGGUGUGGCAGCCUUCGUAGUCAUCGCAUUCUGGCUUUCCCAAACCUGCGAAUGCUUAAUAAGCAGGUUCCGCACCCGCCGUGUCGUCCACUCUCCCGCAACCCUAGCUCUACCAGCUGCCGAGGAAGUCGAGUCCAGCUUGCUGGUUCCCGGCGACGUCAUCGCCUUGAAGCAGGGCGACAGGGCGCCCUGCGACGUGGUGCUGCUGUCCGGCGACUGCGUCGUGGACCAAGGCGACGUGGCAUUGCCCCGCAUGGCCGCUAGGUGGCCUUUAAGAGCGCCGGCGUGCGAACUCUUCAGUAUCCACAUGCACCGAACCAGCGUCAUCCUGCACCCUUCCAGAAUCACCUGCUCUCGGGGACAACUCCGCGCCGUCGUUCUGAGGACCGGUGCCGCCACGGAAAGCGCUGCACAGUGCUCACGUCCGGAAUGGCCCGAAUACGAAGAAGGGCUCGGGCCGGCCCAGUGGGCAGUGGCGGCCGUCGCGUUUCUGCUCUCGCUACUGUUCUGGCUCGGCCGAGACCGCUUCACGUGGGACGAAGUGCUCCUCCGGGCGCUCAGCCUUCACCUGCUGCUGUUCCCUCCUCGAGCGCUUCUCGCCAACUGGCUUCUGGAGAAGAUCGCAGCGUCGGCUCUAGCCGCGGCUGGAGCGACGAGUUCGCGAGGCGCCCUCCUGUCGGUUGCCUGCUGGGGAAGAACGAGCUCCGUCGCCAUCGACUGUGUAGGCGCGUUGUGCGAGGUCGAAGAGAAGUUGGCCGGAGUACUUCCUGCGGGAUGCCACGGUUUCGCGCCUAUUGUCGCACGCGGGCUAUCUCAGCUACCACGAGGACACCCGCUUCGAUGGGCAGCGGCAGCCGUGGGGGCGGCGCUCUGGAAGGACGGAAGUGACGCCACGGGACAUCCGUACGAAGUGGCAACUUUCGCGGCCGCAGGUUCCGGCCUCAAAGCAGAUGGCGACGGCUACGGCUUGGACACGCCCCCAGAGCCCCCGGGACCACCGUUGAGGCUGGCUCCCUUUGUGAACCCCUUCUGGAGCACCCAGCGCCUCGACGAAGACCUGAGGGAGACCAGUGACCCACCAGAUGUGGUAUCAUCUGGCGUUGUAGAGGUGAGCCGAAGCUGCGAACCGCCAUGGACCAAUGACUGCUACGAAGGUGGCAAGGGAGAUAAUAAGCCUCGCGCUCCCUCUAUCAGUACCGUCAGAAGCCAAUGUACUAGCCUCAGGGAACGGCCGUCUUUACCCGAGAUUCCUCAAGUACUGGUGCAGGCGCCUACGAGCCGUUUUGCUCUGUGUCCAGCCUUGUUAGCCGGUGCGCGGGCAAUACGGCGCCUUUCGGGCCAACUGGCAAACAGUUGCCCGCUGUGUCACAAGAAACGGCCCCCUCCACCGGCGCUGGAACCUUCAGAGCCUGUCACGCCAGAGUUGCCAGAACCUACGACGUGUAGCAACGACACGAAACCCGUCAUCGAAGAGCACCAGGCACUGCCACAGGAGUUGCUCCGUGAGAGGAGCGAGUGUCGGCGACUGCGCGUGCUAGAGUGUGAGCCCCGUCGCGCCGGCAGGGAUUGGACCACGGUCUUGUACGAAACCAGAAACCACCGAGAGACCGUUUGCGUCGGUAGACCGGGUGACGUAUUCCCGCUGUGCCAAGGCGAUCACCCGGCGCCAUGCAACGCAAAAGCCGUGUCAGCGUCGUUUCACGAACGCGGUUUCGGCAUGGCCGCAAUCGCUGGUAGACGCUGUCUUGACGAGGAUUGCCGCGCUGACACCGCGAGAGACUUCAAUUGCGAAGGUCUGUUGUUAUUUGAGCCUGUGAUGAAACCGCAAGCUGCUCCUGCUGUCGAAGAACUGCGGCGCAUCGGUCUGCGCCCAGUGGUCAUCGACGAGGCAAACGUCUACCGCUGCAUCGCCGUAGCCCGCAGCACUGGUGUUGUGCUGCCCGGUGAGCCACUUUUGCUCGUUGCGACCCGCAAAACUGUGUUCGGAGGCCCCGCCGUCGACAUUCGUAUCCUGACGACGCCCUCGCUCUUCGAGUUACUGUCACCAAAACAAAAAGAAGAUGGUGUCCGGCGCGCGGAGAGGCUCCACUACGCUUUGAGCUAUCGCACGCUCGUCGUGCUGCGCGAGCACUUCCCGGGUCUGCUGUCAUCGGUACGAGACUCCGUGUCCGUACUGGGAGGCCUGCCCGCAAGCAGGGCUGCGUCCGCGAUGCGACAGCUGGGAAUCCAGACCGUAUGUGCCGGCGCCACCCUAGGCCAAGCGGCGAGCCAACAUGGCGCCAUCGUCGUAGGGUCGCGCCCAAGGCCUCCGCUGGCGUGCGACUCCGUGGCCGACGUUCCUCGGGUGGCGCUGGCCGCUCGAUGCGUUCUCGGCUCCCAGGGCGUGACGCUGGACUACGUGGCGCUCAGCGUGUGCCUGCAGGCUUGCGCCCUGCUGGUGCUUUACGCCCAGCGCGCCACCUUCACGGACCACAUGCACGUCUACCUGGAGCUCGUCGCAUGCGGCGGCCCCACGGUGGCUCUCGCCACCUCGCAUCGCUCCGAGGAGCGGCCCCCGCCUCGCCAAGACGCGCCGGCAUUCGUGCUGCACGCGCUGUGCUGGCUGGCCGCGCAAGUCGGCCUCCUCGGCCAACUCCACUGUAGAGGCUGGUACGCGCGCCUGUCCAAGCGGCUGCAGCGGCGACUGGACGCCAGCGUGCUGUGCCUGCUCGCGUCGUACCAGCUGCCCCUGCUGGCUGUGCAGCUGGCCGCCUUCCGCGGUGGCAACAGGCUCCGCCCCGUGGCCGUCGCCUGCAUCCUGCCCAUUGCAGCCACCACAGCCCUCAUGUUUCCCUGGGCCACGUCGGCCUCUCUCGCCCUGGGCCUGCCUCGGUGGCCCAGAGACCGGGACACGCUACUGCUCAGGAUAGGCAUUGUCCUGGCCGCGCUCCUCAACCUGCUAGUUGACUCUCUGGCGCAGCUAUUCGUGGCUCCCAAGUUUCGAAGCGACGCGCAGCCCACCGUCGAUGAUACGAUGCGUGUUCCUGUCGCUGAGACCCACAUCGGGCGUAUGCCUCCUGGAUCACGCGCCAGCAGGGCUCAGUGAACCGAACAUGAAAAUAUUCGGAUGUGACGAUGUGUGCCUUCCCGCUGAUCGACAUUGCAAUAUGCGCUUGUUAGUAGUAGUCAACCGAACAUGAAAUGAUUUGAAUGUGAAGAUGUUUAACUUCCCGCUGGGCGAAAAUGCAAUAUAAGCAUGUUAGCAGUAGUCAACCGAACAUGAAAUGAUAUGAAUGUGAAGAUAUUUACCUUCUCGCUGGUCGAAAAUGCAACAUACGCUAGUUAGUAGUAGUCAACCGAACAUGAAAAUAUUUGGAUGUGAAGAUGUUUAAAUAUACGUUUGAUAGUGCCGGAACUGUUUAGAUGAGUGAUCAUGCAAGAUGGAA